UUUACUAAUGACCACGGACCAUAUCACUUUGUUAAAGUUACAUGUGACUUGCAGUUUUAGUAAGAACGUCUUACAAUAAACACCUAUCAGUUUGCCGUUUUUUGUUUUUUUUUGUGCUAUUUCAUUCAUAUAAACUAGACCGCAAGUUUUGUAAAAAAAAAAUGUCGAACGAACAAGAUCUAUGCAAAAGUGUUGAAGAGAUGAACGUAUCGCAAAACAGCGUUCAAAACCAGUUUGAUUUGAAAUCAGAUGAAAGUAUUUCUAUUGUAUCUAACAGUUCAAAGUCAACAGACGUUUCAGGUUCAAGUGAAAUAUUGUCGUUGCCGCCGUCGCCGUUGCUGCCGGUCGACCAAUUCGUUCAAAAAUCAACUUCGUUUCCGGCAUUGAAGAAAUCUUUAUCACCGAAAAAAACUGGUUUCGAACAAGGGCUCGAACUCAAAGAAAUUCUUGGUAUAGGUCGGGAUCGGAUCAAUGGUGGACUGUUGUGCAUGGUGAAAUGGAAAGGAUCAAAUGAAGUGGAUCUCGUGCCAUCAACACAAAUCAAUGCAAAAUACCCGCAAAUGGUGAUCAAAUAUUACGAAGAUCGAAUUGAAUGGGAUUCAAACUCAACGGAUUCAGAUGAUGGUGAUAGAUAGAAAACGUAUUCUCAUUCAUUUCGCGUUUCGAUUAAUAAUUAUCAGCAACAAUGAUACCUUUAUGCAUUUUAAUGAAAAAUUCCAUUGAAUUUAUUUUCAUCAAACAUAUUCGAUGUAUGAAAAGAAGAAAAUAAAGAAGCAAAGCAUUAAAACACAAAUAACUUUUUGUGAAAAAAUCCAAAUGAGUGCUGUAAAUUCGCAAGAAGGGUCAUUUUAUGGGUAUAGUCAUUAGUAUUAGCCAUUGUUUUCACCCUUGAAUAAAAUUAAACAAAUAA